AUGGGUAUACCUCUGCCAAAGCCUGUCAUGACGCAGCUGCGGGAGCGUUACGGCAAUGAAAUAUUCCGAUGUGGCUCUAGCUGCGUCAAUGGGUACCGUGAGAGUAUGGAAGACGCCCACAUCGUCCACCUCCAGCCCACGUGGGGCUUCUUCGGUGUUUUUGACGGCCACGUCAACGAUCAGUGCUCGUUGUACCUGGAAACAGCCUGGAAGGAAGCUCUCGAAAAAGAAAAGAUACCAAUGACAGAUGAUCGAAUGAAAGAACUUGCCCUUGAGAUUGAUAAAAAUUGGAUGGACCUAGUCCGGGAAGGUGGCAGUACCGGCACAUUUUUUGCCGCUAUGAAAAAAGAGGGUAUGGUUCACUUGCAAGUUGGCAACGUUGGCGACUCGCGCGUUCUGGUGUGCGUUAACGGCCAGGCAAGAGCCAUGACGGAAGAUCAUAAGCCCAAUAAUGACGAUGAACGGAAGCGAAUUGAGGAUUGUGGUGGCCGCGUGGAGGGCAACCGCGUGGAUGGGAGCCUAGCUGUCAGCCGUGCCUUUGGAGACCGUGACUACAAGAAGAACACCACUGGUAGCCAACUGCAGCAGAAGGUGAUCGCGCUCCCAGAUGUUACCCAUGUGGAUGUGACCUGGGGCAGCAAGGACUUCGCUGUGUUGUGCUGCGACGGUGUUUUCGAAGGGCAAUUUUCAAAUGAAGAGGUGGUGGCAUUCAUCAAGGAGCAGCUGGAGACGUCGGAUGACCUUGCCGUCGUGGCAGGUAAAGUUUGCGAAGAGGCCGUGAAUCGUGGUAGCCGCGACAACGUGUCCUGUGUGAUUGUGCAGUUCAAGAACGGCAAGGACUACGCGGACGUCCAACACCUCGAGGUAGUCCCAGGGCCAUUUAGCCUGCCGCGGAACGGUGUUUUUCGCAGAGUGUACGGCCUCAUGGCCCAGAAGGGUGGAAAUACGAUUCAGGAAGUCAUAGAAAAGCGGUAUGACUACUUGGCCUCCAUGGAGAACAAAGAGCCGUAUCAAGAGGAGUGGCAGGGGUUCAAGGACGGCCCGCCGGCAGGCCUGAAAGGAAAGGAUCGUACGCAAUGGUUCGCUGGUCUGCUCGAACAACACGCCGCAGAGAGCCCCUCAGACUCCCGAUCCGAGCAGCUGGAGCGCAUCCAGCUACUGCAGCAGCAAGUAGGCGUCCCACUGCCCAUUUUGCUCUCUUUGAUGACUGGGCAGACACAGGAGUAA